AGUGCCGGAGCAGGUCACAGGGGUCACAGCAGCAUGGCUCAGUGCCACCCUCGUCACCAGCACACAGCCCCUCCAGAAGAUGGCCGGGUGGGUUUGGGACCCAGAGAGGUGACAACGGGGUCCCGACCACCACAUGCUGAGGCUGGCAUAGCUGCUGGCUACCAGUGCUCCGAGCAUCUCCUGGUUUUGUUUUCCAUGCCAUGACCUGCUGAAAUAUGGAGCUCAGCCGCAUCUCACCCCCCACACCCACGAAGUCCCAGGGCAGCGUCGGCACCAUUAAGCACUUACAGCACCUAAUAAAACUCUUGCAGCGGGUGGGCGCGGGCAGGAGGUGUGGCACGGCAGCAAGGGGAACCUGUAGAUCAUGUCUGGAAGAAACACACCUCCUGUGACACACCAGCUGACCUCAGUCCUCCAUGGGGAGCACAGGAACAGCCAUCCCCAACUGAGCAGCACUGGUGUGACCUGCCAGGCUCCACACCCUCCUGAGCGCGUUUUGUCCCUGGCUGAGGCUUCCCCAGCAUCCCUGCCACAACCACACCGUGGGACAUGGCUGCCCGGAGAGUAGCCAUCAUCGGUGCUGGUGCCUCUGGCCUGUGCGCCCUGAAAUGCUGCCUGGAUGAGGGGCUGGUCCCCACCUGCUUCGAGAGGAGCUGGGACAUCGGGGGGCUCUGGCGCUUCGAGGAGCACCCCGAGGAGGGCCGUGCCAGCAUCUACCGCUCCGUCAUCAUCAACACCUCCAAGGAGAUGAUGUGCUUCAGUGACUUCCCCAUCCCCGACGACUUCCCCAACUACAUGCACAACUCCAAGAUCAUGGAAUACUUCCGCAUGUACGCCCGGCACUUCGACCUGCUCCGCCACAUUCGCCUCAGGACCAGCGUGUGCCGGGUGUCCAAGCGCCCCGACUUCGCCACCACGGGGCAGUGGGACGUGGUGACGGAGCGUGAUGGGAAGCAGGAGGCGGCCGUCUUCGACGCUGUGCUGGUGUGCACCGGGCACCACACGGAGGCACAUCUCCCGCUGAACACCUUCCCAGGCCUGGAUAAGUUUGAGGGCUGGUACCUGCACAGCCGGGACUACAAGAGCCCACAGUCCUUUUCAGGCAAGAGGGUAGUCGUGGUUGGCACCGGGAAUUCAGGCAUUGACAUCGCGGUGGAGCUCAGCCACACAGCCAAGCAGGUCUUCCUCAGCACCAAGCGCGGGACCUGGGUGCUGCACCGGGUGGCAGAUGGUGGGUACCCCUUCGACUUCUCCUACCUCAGCCGCUUUGUGCAGCUCCUCCGCAGCCUGGUGCCUCAAAACGUCAGCAGUUUUUAUCUGGAGAGGAAGAUGAAUGCCCACUUUGACCACGCACUCUAUGGCCUGCAGCCCCAGCACCGGAUCUUUGACCAGCACCCGACCAUCAAUGACGACCUGCCCAACCGCAUCAUUUCGGGCAGGGUGCAGGUGAAGCCAAACAUCAAGGAGUUCACGGAGACAUCUGCCAUCUUUGAGGAUGACACCAGGGAAGACAUUGAUGCCGUGGUCUUUGCCACGGGGUACAGCUUCUCCUUCCCCUUCCUCGAGGGUUGCGUGAAGGUGGUGGAGAACCAGAUCCCCCUCUACAAAUUCAUGUUCCCGCCGGACCUGGAGAAGCCGACGCUGGCUUUCAUUGGCCUCAUCCAGCCCCUGGGUGCCAUCAUGCCCAUCUCGGAGCUCCAGUGUCGCUGGGCCACCCGCGUCUUCAAGGGGCUGCAGGACCUACCGCCAUCCGCCGAUAUGCUGGCUGACAUCACACAAACCAAGGAGAAAAUGGCCAAGCGGUACGUGAAGAGCCAGCGGCACACCAUCCAGGUGGAUUACAUCCCUUACAUGGACGAGCUCGCCUGCCAGGUGGGGGUCAAGCCCAACCUGCUCGCCCUCUUCCUCACCGACCCCAAGCUGGCGCUGGAGGUGGCCUUCGGGCCCUGCACGCCAUACCAGUACCGCCUGCGGGGCCCGGGCGAGUGGGAAGGUGCCAGGGCGGCCAUCCUCACCCAGCGACAGCGCAUGCUCAGGCCCCUGCAAGCCAGGGCCGGGGCCUGCCCUGCCUCCUCCAGCACCGUGCCGCAUGUCUUCAUGGUCUUCAGCAUUGGCUUGAUCGUGGCCACCCUCAUCUAUGUCUUGCUAUCUCCUUAACCUAAAAUGAAGGAGACAGCUGGUCCUCCCGGCAAUCUGCUUCCUUUCCUUCGGGCCUGGGUGUUCCUGUAGUCUCUUGCUAGGUCUGCACCAUGCCAGGAGGCACGGAAUCGGUUCCUUGAAGACACGGCCUGGGCUGUCUCAUCUUCCUGCGGUGCCCGGGCCACACCAGGUCUUGCCCGGGGCUGCCAUGACAGGGAUCGUUCCCCUUCCUGAAAUCCCGGCCCAGCAGCUCCACAAUCUCUGUCCAGGGGUUUGGUCAGCGCAGAGGCAGCGGGGAAAGCGGGAGCUUGGCCGGCCAGGGCCCUCGAGAAAAGGGCAAUAAAGCUUGUCCCAGUGCUGAGGGGACCGGGAA